AUGGAGUCUAUAAAAACUGAUCCGAAGUUAGCGAAAAUGAUCAUGUGCGGUGACCACCCGUCUGUCACAAAGACGGAGCUCAACUUGAAAGAAAUGAAAGCAGUUGAAAGCAGGGACAAUAACAGGAAAACAUUCGCAUCCUACGCUAGAAUAUCACCUACUUGUUCUCGUACAGAGAGGCCGUUAGAGUUGGAGCGCGUACGUUCCCGGCCGGCGUCCGAGCACGCACUGCGGGCCCUCAAGCGCCUGCGCUCCACUGAGAACGUCGCGCGCGCGGACCCGCCGGCUCAUAAGGAGCUGAUGCAAGCGGCGCUGGCGAGUGUCCGCUGGCCGCCCUACCUGCUGGCGGCGUGGCUGCUGCUGCUGGCGGCGGCGCACGCGCUGCACGCGCUGGCGGCGGCGCUGGCGGCCGGCCUGCCCGCGCUACGAUUUGGUCACAUCAGCAAGCUGUGCCAGUACUUCCGACUACUAACGGAGGAGACCUGGCGUAACAACAGAACGGCGCGUGUGCGGCCCGUUCUGCUGGCGAUUGCCACUGCCUUGUUAUACAGUCUACUGGGCGCUCUACUGGCAAUACACGCACUCGUUCGCUGGGCAGUGGAGCCACUGAGCGCCGAAGUAGACGACGGGGCCAGCUGCGGGCAAGUCACUCGUGUCACUGAUUAUCUUGAAGAUUACGACGUGAAGACCAAGGGCGAGAAGCAGUAGUGUUCGUGGAUCAGUCAUAACGGCUUAAUAUUUGGUUUAUAUGCCAAAGCUCAUACAAAAUCGUUCGAAAAAUUACAGAAUAAAGUUGACUCAUUUAAA